UUGGAAGAAGAAAACUGACUUCUGUCAAUCAUGAAAUAUGAAUAAUUUUGCUAUGCUUUUAGUAGGUUAUUGUUUACAAUCACGGUUUAUAUAAAUUCUGUCUUGAAAUGUUAAGAAGGAAGAUAUCACGUAUUAUUAUACCAUACAGAACACUCACGCGAUAUGGCGGCGUUGGCAAAUUCACUGUGCAGCGGAUUGCGAAGACACCAUGCUGUCUGGACAUAAAAUGCGACACCAAGUUAGUUCCAUCGCGAUGGGUGUACCGACACAUACACACAACACUUCGUCUUCAUGGCAUUGAGGUCGUUAAGGCUCCUAACUUUCCCGACUCUGUGAGCAGUGGAGACGUCAAAUUAAUAAAAGCCGAAGGUGACCCGGUCGCCAUGGAUGAAGUGGUGCUUGAGAUCGAGACUGACAAAACAGCGCUGCCGGUCAUGUCCCCGGGUCACGGGACCGUCGCCAAGUUCCUGGUCAAGAAUGGGGAGUCCGUCAAAUCGCAACAGCCUUUAUUCGAGGUGAACGUGACUGGCGUGGCGCCUGCAGCACCAGCCAAAGCAGCCGCACCGGCGCCUGCGGCGGCACCGGCAGCAGCAGCGCCAGCCGCUGCGCCGGCUCCCGCCGCUGCCAAGCCCGUCGUCGCCGCAGCCAAGCCCGCUGCUGUGGCUAUCGCCAAGGGGCCGGCCAAAGCAGCUGGACCCACUUUAGCAGCUCAGAAAAUCGGUGAUCCCACAAAGACAAUCUCUGGGUCACGCACUGAGCAUCCUGUGCCGAUGAACAAGAUGAGGAAACGAAUCGCGGAGAGGCUCAAAGAGGCUCAGAAUACCACUGCAAUGUUGACCACCUUCAACGAGUGUGACAUGAGCAAACUGAUGUCAUUUCGGAAAGCGAAUCUGGAUGCCUUCACGAAGAAAUACGGAGUGAAGUUAUCAUUCAUGUCGCCGUUCCUAAAAGCAUCUGCGAACGCGCUCAUGGAUCAACCAGUCAUAAACGGAGUCAUUAUUGGGGAAGAUAUUGUAUAUAGAGAUUACGUAGACAUUUCGGUGGCAGUGGCGACGCCCCGAGGUUUGGUGGUGCCAGUCCUUAGGAACGUGGAGUCCAUGGACUACCCGAGAAUCGAACUGGCUCUGAACGCGCUCGCAGAGAAAGCGAGAUCUGGCAAGUUGACGCCGGCGGACAUGCAAGGCGGGACAUUCACGAUAAGCAACGGCGGCGUGUUCGGCUCACUGCUGUCCAUGCCCAUCAUCAACCUCCCGCAGUCCGCCAUUUUGGGCAUGCACGCGAUAUUCCAACGGCCGGUCGUCAUUGGAGGCAAGAUUGAAAUAAGACCAAUGAUGUAUUUGGCGCUGUCAUACGACCACAGACUAAUUGAUGGCCGCGAAGCAGUAUUCUUCCUAAGGAAGGUGAAAGCAGGAGUAGAAGACCCUACAUCCAUCCUAGCGGGGAUAUAACCUCGCUACGUUACAGCCAAGGAUAACGUCUAGUUAUAUUAUUAUAUAGCUGUGCCACGCGACUUUGUUACCGUGGCAAAUUUGCUGGAUAACCUAGAGACUUCGUCAUGAAUGUUAUUAGGUUGUUAUCACGGACGAUUUUUCAAAGCGGACCAGCAACCAGCACGUUCAGACCAAUAUACCUGUACCGCUUGAUUGCACCAUUACAAAAAAAUAUAAACAGAUAGAGAAAUAUAAACAGCACAGUCAACAGAACAUCAAGUUACCCUACAUGAACCUCUAUCAUGGCGCGUUUGCAAUGAAUUUGGGUAGGUUGAUGUGCUAUGUUGACUGUACCUACUGAUGAAACUCCCAUAAAAAAGAAAAUGUUUGUUAAUGAAAUAGAAAAAUUUUGCAUUUUUAAAAUCGUAAAACUAAAUUGAAAGUGUAACUACAUAAGUACCAAAGUGGUUUUUAUUAAGUUCUUUAGAUAAUUUCAUCUGUCACAUUUAAUCUGCCCGAAUUUUUGUGGGUUAAAUAGCAUUUUAUUUAUGUAUAAACAUCUUAUUAUAUUUACGAACUUUUGGUUUUCAUGUUCUAUUUAAGUACUUACCUACCUAAGUUCUUUUUUAGUUAAUUGAUUAUAAACUAAAAAUGAACCUACUUUAAUAUCCGCGAACUAAAUUAUAUUAAGCUACCCAUCGAUGUACCUACAUGAAAUGUUAUAAUAACGUAAUGCGUAGUGUUUGAAUUUUAUUUUUCAUUCUAAGUUUAUGCAACUUAAAACCCGUAUAAAAAAACUAAACUUUUUUUGUCGUUGUAUAAAGAAGGCACGAAGUAAUGACGUCAUAACUUCGUGUAAGGAACAGGAGAUACCGGAUCAAUAUAAAAAUAUACUACCAACAUUAGCACUCAUUGCUACCUAUCCCUGAAAUAAUACAAAUUAUAAUUAUUCUUACAUAUCUUUAACAUUUGAUAGUGCCUAUCACAUGCCCUAAUGCAGUAUUUGUUGUACAUUUGUGUAAAAUACAUGUUUAUUAAUUAUAUAUUUAUAUAAA